GACAAAACGAGUCUAACCUCCUCGCGCGGUUGUUGACAGAGGAGGCAUAUUGCACAUGGUUCAGGUUUGAGACGGGAUCGUACGAGCUGUUGGUUUUCUCACACGGGACGGGAACGGGUCGGCGGACACAGCUGUACGGGAUGGACGGGUAUACGUUUGCGUUUUAACGCUUUCUGCUGGCUAGAAUGAAGCUGUGAUGGGUUUGAUGGAGCUGACUUGUCCUCAGAUACCAAACAGGCCUUCGUGCUUUUUAAGAACACAACUUCUGCCACAAAAUGGCUGGAAGUCAGAAUAACUACUGGGCACAACAUGACCUGAACAGAGAGUGUUUAGGCCCGAGUGUUGACAUGGAACAAAACCUCAAGGAGCUUCAACAACCGCAAAUGGCACUUAACUGCAACAUCUCCCUCUCCCAGUCUCCUUUCUACUCUGAUACGUACCGCCUCGCGCCUGAUAACAUGCUUCGGCCGCAUGAGGGAGACCAGGUGGUCCCUUCUUCCCAGAGACGGACGUUGUUUGGGGGCCACCAGAGGGAAGCCAAACCCCUGCCACCUCUGCCUGACCCUGAGGAGGUCAUGUCUGAUGAGGCCGCCGACAGUGAGGUGGAGUUUUUUACCAGUGACCGACGGCACCUUUUUCCCAAAAGCUGUCCAAAGGCCAUGUGCAGGGGCAUGAACAGAGGCUUUGGCCAAGUGAAUUACGCCUACCAGGAGAGCUCGUGGCGGGCUGGUGGUGCUGGGACCGGCUCCAUGGCUUUCUCGUGGCCAAGCAGAGUGGACAGACCGACCGGUGGAGGAAGCGGGUUUUGGGCACUAGCUUCCCGGAGAGAGGACCGCCAGCAUGUGGUGUUGGCAGUCGGGGACCAACACAGACUUCGCUUCCCCUGUUCAGGCCCUGCUUCCCAGCCGCUCCACAGCAGCACCUCAACCUGCCCCACUGACAAGCCACUAAUCCCUCCUCGUAUCCCCAUCCCGCCAAAGCCUCCCGCUCUCAUAAAGACUGUGUCGGCCAACGAGGAAGACAAGCCUCCCAAAAUUCCUCCACGGGUCCCCUUAGUCCCACCCUGCCCACCACGUAGCCCGAGCCCCAAUAGCCUUCCAAUUUAUAUCAACGGAGUGAUGCCUGCCACGCAGAGUUUUGCUGCUAACCCAAACUAUGUGAGUAAGGCAUUACAGAGACAGCAGAACGAAAGGGUGGCACCUGCAGCUCAGUUUUCUCCCUGCAUCGUUCCCAUUUUGAAGGAUGGCAGAAAGGCCAGCGCCACACACUACAUCCUCCUGCCGCCGGGCCGACCGGCGUACUCAGACAGGCGGGAGAGGAUCCUGAGUGAACCAACCAGGAUGGGAAACAGCAGCGUCUGGCAGAACAGAUAGACCAUCACUUAUGUCACUGUCUGAAACUUGAUGAGUACAAAACUGUGACGGACAUCAUUAAUAACCAUGUGGCACACUAUUGGACAGAGCGCGUGGAAACAUCUACACGCUACAGUCACAUGUGCAAUGUCAUAUUAGUGUUAUUUACAAGUAUGUAUUUCAAGAUCACUUAUGUCACACAACACUGUGAGGUUUUUAUCAGUUUUUUUUUUUUUUUAUCUUACCGGUCAGUAUUUUAGCAACAUGAAAUAAUUAUAACAUUCCAGUAUUUUCACUAAUAGAUGAGAAUAUUUACAUAACCGUUUUUAAAAUGUUAGUUUCCCCAGACUCUACAGUUUUCUCUCAGUGAACACAUCUUAUCACUCAUUCACCUUUAAGUCUGACAGCCAUAUGUUCAUAUCACUAAUACUAUAUUUCUUACGAGAGAUAAUAAUUACUGUAUGUACAAGCUGGGCUUGUACCAAACUGAUCAUCCCCGGCGUUUUUUGUUUUUUUACGACAAUGCUGCUUGAAAUCUUAAGUAUGAUUUAUUGAUAGAUUUAAUGUUUUGCUGAAUCAUUCUCACAUUACGAUUUAUGUUUUUAACUGGCCUAUAUUAGCACAACACAACACAAACAAAACAUGCUUUGAGCUAGUGACACAAACAUUUCACUUGAUGAACCUCUUAACUUCGCUUUCUUUUUCAGUGAUUAUGAAUUUUGCAGGCUUUUUGAGCAAGCUACAUCCUUCCUGCAAAAUACAAUAUAAGCAUUGAUUCUUACAUCAUAUUCUACACUCAUGUGCACAAAGUUGAAUUUAUUUAAAGGAAACAAUAAAAAGAAUUACCUCACCACCAGAACACAUGACUGAAACCUGCAGCCACCCUCAAAAUGAUUGACAGGUCUUUUUAAUACAUAUGAAGUACACAAGUCAACAACUCUUUACUUUUUCAUACAUAGUAAAAGCAGCUUUAAUUUUCCCUGACAAACUUUUUAAAUUGUUUUUAUUAUGUAUGUGCUUUUAUCUCAAACAAUGUAUGUUAGAAAAAGUACAGAUUGGGCCUUUUAUGAUUCUGUGUGUGUGUGGGCAUGGAAGCCACGUUACGUUUACACUGUAGAGAUGCAGCCCGUCUACAACCUUUGUUACGUCAACAGGUUGGAAGUUCUCAUGAAGAUUCUGUGUCAGAUUUGGCCCAAGCAAAAGCUGUUUAUAAGUUCAUAUUGUUGUUAAUGUAAAAAAUAAAUCAUUGUAAAUUGUUUUUUUAAUCUAUUUAUAGAAAUAAAAUAACUUAUUAAUUCUAUG